CUGCAAGCUGAUGAAUGCACCCCACUUCGGCCGUGAUGGGACGCGGGAUUCCUGUACAGGUACCAACAUAGAAAUGUGAGGUUAUAAGAUCGAGUGACGACCCUGGUUUUUCUUCCUCGAAGCUUUCCUUCGUGUUUCUCUUUUUUACACUUUCCUCUCAAGUUGUCAAGUUCUGAACCAACUACCCGCAUACAAGUAUAUACCCAUCUGUGAGUACUUACCACUAUACCGUUGGUUCCGGUGCUUCGUGUUGGAGACGGGAGCGAAACCGCGCCAGCUGUGCCGUGUCUACAAGCCUGCUACGCUCAUCUUUCCCCAAACAACCAAACAAAACCGUCAAAAUGGCCGCUCCCGCGAACAAGACCAUCGGAGACCUCUCCGGCAAGUGGAUCAUGAACAAGUCCCUCUCCUCCAACGUCGACCCCGGCCUCAAGCUCCAAAACAUGAGCUACCUCACCCGCAAGCUCGUCACCUCCGUCACCCUCACCCUGGACAUCAAGCAAUUCUCCGCCCCGCCCUCCCCUCCCGCCGAAGCCUCGGCGCCCGCAGUCAUCCACAUCGAGAUCGAGCAGACCGGCACCGGCGGCAUGAAGGGCACUUCGGAAAAGCGGUGCCUGGACAACGUCUUCCGCGACCACAAGGACUGGCUGUUUGGACACGUCAAGGGGCAGACGCGCUGGGCCAAUGCCGAGGACGUGGAGGAGGAUGCCUUUUUGAAGAGCGGCUGGCUCGAGGGCGAGGAGGAGAAGAAGGGUCCUAAUGGCGAGAGUCAUGUUUUGUCUUAUGUGGAGAGCUAUGAUGAUGGAUGGACGGCUACGCAGGUGUGGGGGUUCAAGACGAUUGAGGGUGAGAGGAGGCAUGUGCGGAAUGUGGUGAUUGCGAAGGGGAGCGAGAGGGUGGAGUUGCAGUUGGUUUAUGAUUACCUUUCUUAAGUGCCCCGAGAGGGUAAUGGUGGUGGUCAUUUUGAGGUGUGUAUUGAUACCUAGCUAUGCGAUUUGCAAUUUUACGGAUUUGAAAGUAGUGCAUACUGAGCUUUGAGCACU